AUGGAUCGCACUGCGCGUGUUCUACUUCUGCUUGCGUUAAGGCGUAUUAAGAAAAAGAAACAGAAAAGAAAGUACUGGGUGCACCCAUUACUGACAAUUAUGAAUAAAGAUGGAAACCACUUCAAAAGGAAAUAUGAGGCGCUAAAAGUGGACGAGGUUAAAUUUUUCGAUUACUUUAGGAUGAGUGUAGGAAGUUUUGAAGAGCUUCUUAGUUUGAUAAAGCCUCAUUUACAAAAGAAAUACAUAUUUAGAAAACCCAUCGAACCUCUGGAGAUGCUGGGAUUAACUAUAAGGUACCUGGCGACGGGAAAUACUUUUAAAGAUAUGCAUUUCACAUAUUAUCGUGGAAAAUCUACAAUAACAGAAAUAGUAAAAUUUGUUUGUCGUAUUUUAUGGAACAUUCUUAAAAGGUUGGAAUUACCAAAAAUUACAACAGAGCUGAUGGAACAAAUUGCUCAAGAGUAUGAAAAAAAGACCAACUUUCCUAAUUGUAUAGGAGCGCUAGAUGGAAAACACAUUCGUAUAUUGAGCCCGGAUCACAGUGGAUCCCUAUUUUUCAAUUAUAAAAAUUAUAAUUCCAUUGUUCUAUUAGCACUUGUUGAUACGAAUUACAAAUUUAUAUAUGUCGAUAUAGGUGCAUAUGGUAAGGAAUGUGACUCCACUGUUUUUCAAAAUUCAAAACUAUACGACUUAUUAAAAAAAGGUCAAUUAUCUAUACCUCCGCCAAAACCGUUACCUGGCUUUCAAAAAGAAAUUCCUUUUGUCUUCGUGGCGGAUGAAGGAUUACCACUGACAAAUAAUAUAAUGCGCCCAUAUUCUGGGAAGUUUUUAUCGAUAGAAAAACGAGUUUUUAAUUAUCGUUUGAGCCGAGCCAGACGAUAUGUUGAGAGCGCUUUUGGCAUUCUCGCAAAUAAAUGGCGCAUAUUUCACCGACCCAUUAAUGUUUCUUACGAUUUCACAAUAGACAUUAUAAAAGCAUGCUGUGUAUUACACAACUUUGUAUUGAAUCGAGAUGGCGCACAAACGUUUGAAGAAAUGAUUAUUGACGAUUCUUUGCAAAUUUUACACGAAACAACACAUGAAAGUAGAACGGAAGCUAACAUAAUCAGAAACGAAUUUUGUAAUUAUUUUAAUAGUAACAUUGGAGCUCUAAGUUGGCAGUUAACGAAAAUAUAAAUGUUUAUAAGUA